AUGAGUUUUGCCGAGCUCUUAGACCACGUCGGGGGGAUGGGUCGCUUCCAAAUCAUCUAUGUGAUCUUACUGACUAUCCCAGUUUUCAUGCUGGCCAGCCAUAACCUCCUGCAGAACUUCACUGCUGCCACCUCUGAACACCACUGCCAUGUCCAUAUCAACAUCAACAACAGUCCUUACACCAACUUCACUGGAAAACUCGCUGCCAAGGACCUCCUCAGGGUCUCCGUCCCCAUGGACAGCAACCAGCAGCCAGAGAAGUGUCACCGCUUUGUCACCACGCAGUGGCAGCUCCUAGACUCCAACGCCACAGUCACAAACCUAACCGAGCUGGAGACUGAACCCUGCGCAGAUGGGUGGGUGUAUGACAAGAGCAUUUUCACCAGCACCAUCAUUACAGAGUGGGACCUGGUGUGUGACUCCCGGCAGCUGAAGCAAAUGGCUCAGUCCAUCUACAUGGCUGGGGUCCUGGCGGGAGGCAUCAUCUUUGGAGGUCUGUCAGACAGGUUUGGCCGCAGGUCUCUCUUGAUCUGGUGCUAUUUGCAGAUGGCUGUCACGAGCACCUGCACUGCCUUCUCGCCCAGCUUCACUGCCUACUGCAUCUUCCGUUUCCUGACCGGAAUGGCCUUCUCGGGCAUUGUGAUGAACAGUGUCUCUCUGUCUGUAGAAUGGACACCCACCCGCACACCGGCCAUUGUGGUCACCAUGUAUGGAUACUGCUACACAAUCGGGCAGUUCAUUCUGGCUGGGGUGGCUUACGCCAUCCCCAAUUGGCGCUGGCUGCAGCUUGUGGUGUCUUUGCCCUAUUUCAUCUGCUUCAUCUACUCCUGGUGGUUAGUGGAGUCUGCCCGCUGGCUGGUAAUAGCCGGCAGACCUGACGAGGCAGUGAAGCAGCUCCAGAGAGUGGCCAGGAUAAACCGGAAGAAGGAAGGAGACAAACUUAACACAGAGGUCUUGAGAUCCAACAUGCAGAAAGAAAUAGCCUCUGCAAAGAGCAGCUAUACCUUCAUCGACCUGGUGCGGACCCCUGUCGUAUGCCGGAUCUCCUUCUGCCUCUGCUUUGUAUGGUUCUCCACCAGCUUUGCCUAUUAUGGGUUGGCCAUGGACCUGCAGAAUUUCGGUGUCAAUAUCUUCCUGAUCCAGCUGGUCUCCGGUGCUGUUGAUUUCCCAGCAAAGUUCAUCUCAGUCCUCACAAUCGGCUUCAUCGGGCGCCGGUUCACACAGGCCUUGACCCUCAUCCUGGCUGGACUCUCUAUCCUAGCCAACAUCUUUGUCCCACAAGAUCUGAAGACCCUGCGCACCGUUCUGGCUGUCGUUGGAAAAGGCUGUCUUGCUGCCUCCUUUAACUGUGUCUACCUCUACACGAGUGAGCUGUGCCCCACAGUGAUUAGGCAGACCGGCUUGGGUUUGAGCAACACCAUGGCGCGUCUGAGCAGCAUCAUUGCCCCAUUGGUGAAGAUGUUGGAGGAAUACAUUCCCUUCCUGCCACUGAUCAUUUAUGGUGCUGCCCCAAUCAUCUCUGGCAUUGCAGCGACCUUCCUGCCCAAGACGCUCAACGUGCCAUUGCCUGAGACCAUAGAGGAGGUGGAGACACGCCAAGGGAGCCAGUUAAGGAAAGAAAAACAAGCAACUGUUGUAAGGUCUUUGGGUACAAUUUUCAAAAGUGCCUAACUGCCUUAGAAGCCUAAGUUCCAUUUUCACCAGUGACUUAGCCACUCCCAUAAGAGUUAAGUGCCUCAUCUACCUGAGCACUUCUGAAAAUCCGAUUGGGCAC